CGAGCGCGGCAAAAUAGUUUUUUUACCUCCUUUCCAGUUUUGUUUCGGGUGGUGGGGGGACGGGCACCGGCCGCCGCUCGGGCGCCCCCGCCUCGCAGGACGCCCCCGCGCCCAUGGCCAGCGGCAGCCCCGCCAGGAUGGCCAGCGGCGCCGGGCAGCCGCCCUUCCUGCAGCCGGCGUGCUUCUUCGCCGCCGCGGUGGCCGCCGCCGCCCCGCCGGGGCCGCCGCCCGGGGCGCCGCCGCCGCAGCUGAGCCCGGCGGGCGGGCACCCCUCGCCGGGCGGGAAGCCCUCGGCGCCGCGGGCCGCCAAGCGGCAGCGCUCGGCCUCGCCGGAGCUGAUGCGCUGCAAGCGGCGGCUCAACUUCAGCGGCUUCGGGUACAGCCUGCCGCAGCAGCAGCCGGCGGCCGUGGCGCGGCGCAACGAGCGGGAGCGCAACCGGGUGAAGCUGGUGAACCUGGGCUUCGCCACCCUGCGGGAGCACGUCCCCAACGGGGCCGCCAACAAGAAGAUGAGCAAAGUGGAGACGCUCCGCUCCGCCGUCGAGUACAUCCGCGCCCUGCAGCAGCUGCUCGACGAGCACGACGCCGUCAGCGCCGCCUUCCAGGCCGGCGUCCUCUCGCCCACCAUCUCGCCCAGCUACUCCCACGACAUGAACUCCAUGGCGGGCUCCCCCGUCUCCUCCUACUCCUCCGACGAGGGCUCCUACGACCCGCUCAGCCCCGAGGAGCAGGAGCUGCUCGACUUCACCAGCUGGUUCUGAACGCCGGCGGCCCGCGCGGCAGGACAGUUGCAAAAGGGAAAAAAAACAAAGCAAAACACAAAUAUAUCACAGACAGAAAGACAGACACAAAUCCACUCAGAAAAAGAACCUGUUGCGUUUCCCUCUCCGCCGCCGUCGGAG